AUUAUGUAUUAAGUUUUUAACACUCCGGGAACACCGGCUCCCGCGAGACGGGAUUUCGACAAAAUAAAUAAAUAAAAAUAUUCUAGUUUAUAUAUCUGGUGCUAAUAUAUAGUGAUUUUUUUUUUUUUUAUAAAUAUAUAUAAUUAGUAAACAAUAGAAAAAAAAAGAAAAUUAUUUUUUUCUAUAUUUAAUUAACAAUGCUAAAACUCUUGAGUAUCGCCACAUUAGUGGUGAUACUUGCAACGUGUGAUGUACACGCUAAGAGUAAACGUGCAAUAAAUAGCAAUGCUGAGAGAUUCGAAGGUUACCAUUAUGAUAAACCAAGCAAACCAUUUCCACCAGUUCCAGCACCAUCAAGACAACCAUCUUAUGUUGUUCCAAAACCCUCAACACCGGGGUAUGAUUAUCCAAAACCUCAGCCUAGUUUUGAUAUAGUCGCAAAAGUAACACCGACAACAACAACACCAAGGCCAGUUUAUGAGAGACCAACUCAAAAAUAUACACCAGCACCUGUACAACCAGUAAGACCAGUAUAUCAACCAACAACACAAAAUCCAGAAAAAGGAUAUGAUUAUCCAGUACCACAGCCAUCUUUCCCAAUUGUACAAAAAACAUCAACAACACCAAGACCUGUUUAUGAGAAACCAGCUCCAAAAUAUACACCAGCACCUGUACAACCAGUAUAUAAACCAACAACACAAAAUCCAGAAAAAGGCUAUGAUUAUCCAGUACCACAGCCAUCUUUUCCAAUUGUACAAAAAACAUCAACAACACCAAGACCUGUUUACGAGAGACCAACUCCAAAAUAUACACCAGCACCUGUAACAACAGUAAAACCAGUGGUUCCAUCAACAACACAAGAUCCAGAAAAAGGCUAUGAUUAUCCAGUACCACAGCCAUCUUUUCCAUUUGGAGAAAGAUUACCAAAAACAACACCUGCACCAACUGUAAGACCAACUACUCCACAACCAACAACACCAAGACCUACUUUUCCACCAACACCAAGGCCUACUUUUCCACCAACUACCCCAAGAACAGUAGUCACUCCAAAGAAAGAAGAAGGUUAUUUCUAUGAUAAGCCAGCUGUGCCAUUCCCACCACCAACACAAAGACCAUAUGUUCCACCUCCAACAGCAAGACGACCAGUUUCUACACCAGCUCCAUUUGUACCAGUGACAAAUAAUUAUUUACCACCAUCAACAACAAGACGUCCUCCUCCACCUCCAACUCAGCCUCCAUAUAUACCACCACCAACAACAACAAGACGUCCAUUACCACCGAGUACUCCUAGACCAACAACUCCAGCUCCAUAUGUACCACCAACAGUACCUUAUAGAAGACCAACAACUCCAGCACCUUAUGUGCCACCAAAGAAUGAUUAUUUACCACCAUCAACAACAAGACGUCCUAUUCCACCCCCAACUACUCAACGUCCAGUUCCUCCACCAACAAGACCACCACCACCACCUUCAACUCCAGGACCUUAUUUACCUCCAUCAACAAGACCACCACCACCACCACCCCCAACUCAACCUCCAUAUAUACCACCACCAACAACAACAAGACGUCCAUUACCACCAAGUACUCCUAGACCAACAACUUUAGCUCCAUAUGUACCACCAACUGUACCUUAUAGAAGAACUACAACUCCAGCACCUUAUAUACCACCAAAAAAUGAUUAUUUACCACCAUCAACAACAAGACGUCCUCUUCCACCACCAACUACUCAACGACCAGUUCCUCCACCAACAAGACCACCACCACCACCUUCAACCCCAGCAACUUAUUUACCACCUCCAACAACAACAAGACGUCCUAUUCCACCUCCAACUACUCAACGUCCAGUUCCUCCACCAACAAGACCACCACCAUCUUCAACUCCAGGUCCUUAUUUACCUCCAGCAACAAGACCACCACCACCACCUCCAACUCAACCUCCAUAUAUACCACCACCAACAACAACAAGACGUCCAUUACCACCAACUACUCCUAGACCAACAACAACUUCAGCUCCAUAUGUACCACCAACUAGACCUUACUCACCACCACCACCACCACCACCAAACAAAGGAUAUUUGCCUGUUGAAACAACACGUCGUCCUGUUCCACCACCAACUUUUCCACCAACUUCAAGACCAACAUUUCCACCAACUCCAAAACCAACAUUUCCAACUUCAAGACCAACAUUUCCACCAACUCCAAAACCAACAUUCCCAACUUCAAGACCAACUUUUCCACCAACUCCAAGACCAACAUUCCCACCAACUCCAAGACCAACAGUACCUAGACAACCAUAUCAACCAUCAACAAGUCCAGCUGUACCAGUAACCAGACCACCACCAUAUUUACCACCAUCAUCACCACGUCCAACUUAUGUUACUGUUCCACCACCAACAUAUCCACCAGUAAUUUACAGUGUUAUUCCAACAUCAUCAACAACAUAUCGUCCACUAACUGGUAAACCAGCAUCAGUACCAACACUUCCACCAACUACAUCAAGAUCAAUUGGUUAUCGAUAUGAUAUUCCAGAUAUUCCUUUCGAAUUUCGAAAACGUUAAAAUUAAUUUUAUCAUCUGAUUUCAAUGAUUGUGCGUGUUUUUCUACUUCUAUUUUUUUUUUUUUUUUUU